AUGCAGACCCCCGACAAGCCUGCCUCGCUGCUCACGCCCAUUGGCUAUCGGAAUAGUUCGUGUGGCUACUGCCACAAUAAACCAGGAAGCUUUUCAUACUAUGCGACUACGACCUCGUUGGAGCCAGAGUUUUACCAGUCUCUCCUCAAUCGCGGUUGGAGGCGCUCUGGUUCACUGCUCUACAAACCCAACCAGCGUAUAUCUUGCUGUCCUCAGUAUACGAUUCGCCUUGAUUCAGAAGCUUUCCAUGCUUCCAAAGAUCAACGGCAAGCCCUGAAUCGGUUCAACAAGUAUGUUCUUGGAAAUUCAUACAUCAAAGAGGCUGCGCGGCUAUAUCCAAAGUCACGCGAUCAAGCCAAGAAGCGUAAUACCGACUUCGACCUCCUCGAACGGAUACACGAGAGUGAAAAGGACCAUGUACAGACUCCACCUGAACCAGCCCACGCUCUGAGCGUCACUCUCGAACCCGACGACUUCACCGAGGAAAAAUACAAUUUGUUUGAAAACUACCAGCGCAUCGUUCAUCACGAACCUCCUAAUCGAAUUAGUAAAAGCGGCUUUAAGAACUUCCUCUGCUCAUCUCCAUUGCCUCGCAGAAAGGAGAGCUUUGAUGGGCGUGAGCGACGGCUAGGAUCCUAUCACCAGUGCUAUAGGAUUGAUGGAAAGCUUAUUGCCAUCGGAGUCUUGGAUCUUCUGCCAGAAUGUGUGAGUGCGGUGUACUUCAUGUACCAUGAAUCAGUACACCAGCACAAUUUUGGGAAGCUGGGAGCGCUGAGGGAAAUUGCCUUGGCAAAAGAAGAGGGCUACAGAUGGUGGUAUGCCGGAUUCUACAUCCACAGCUGCGUGAAGAUGCGUUACAAAGGAGACUAUUCCCCACAGUAUAUGUUAGAUCCUGAAUCUUACUCGUGGGAUCUCCUGGAUGAUAAUCUGAAGAGGAAGCUAGACAGGAGCAAGUAUUUGAGUUUGUCACGUGAACGCUCCGAAGGAGCUUCAGCGGAAGAAAAUCCACCAUCUGAAGCAUUGGAAGACCAGAUGGAGACUCAAGAUACCGCUGACGAAAAUGAGGACUUCGAGGUUGAAGAUUCUGACGAUGAACCUCCAGUCCCGGAUCCAGACGUCCCCUUGUUCGCUCGUGGCAUGCCGGGAGUCCUCACCAAAGACCAACUCCUGGCCGAUAUCGACCUUGAUCACAUCAAGCUUCGAGUUCGAGGCCAAGAGGCUGAGACUUGCGAUCUUGUGAGUUGGGAAACCAGGAGCAUUGAUGAUCCGCAUUCGAUCAAGGGCGCGAUUGCGGAAUUGGUAGCAGCGGUGGGUGUAGAUUUGGGAAGGGAGAUGGUUGUGAGUUUUUAAUUGAGUUCCGGGAUUGAUGCAAUAUGCCGGGGACCAUACGCCAUACACAAGGUAAUGAUUUACGAAAUGUGGAAUACCAAAGCUACCUUAGUUGCUUCUAGGCUUUAUGAUAAGUACAAAGUAUGUGGCAAAGACAGCAGCGCGCAUGUGUCAACUGCAUAUAUCAAAAGCGUUACUAUGCGACUGAAUGAACAAUCUCCUUCACCUCCGGGACCUUUUCUGCCAAGAUUGCUAUAAUCUCUUUCCACACUUCCGCCUGCAUCUUCUGUCCUUCAGGCCCAAAUAUAUUCUUCGCUGCGGCGACUUUAUAAUCUUCAUCUGACUGGUAAUGGGUGAUGUACUUUCCAUUCUCGGCCGGCGUGGUCAUUGCUGCAAGGACGGGUGUUCGAGCGCCACCUUCACUGG